GUGAGGAACUGGCAGCAAAUCAACAGCCCAAGGAAACAGAAAUCUCUUUCUCUUUUUCUCCCGCUUUGCCAUUUGGGUGAACAUGGCUGCUACGAAUCCACAACCAUAUACUGGCCUCAGAAUCAGUGAAUGCGGCCUCCUUAGUCACCUCUACAGGGAAUGAAAUCAUCAAUCUUUCUCAUAUUGGAUUUCAGUAGAGAAAGGAUAGAGAUACAGAAGCACAACUUAUGGUAAAAUGAUGAGGGAGACUAUGGACAAGAUAUGCAAAAGUAAUCUUGCCUUUGUCAUAUAUCUUGAAUCAAUUCUGUUUCUUGGGUUUCUGCAGCAGACUGGAAGCAUGAAAAGUUUCAUGAUUUUGGAGUCUCUUUGAUUGAUGGAGAGUGUUUGUGAAGAUAGUACAAUGGGAUCCUCACAUGAUGUGCAAGAUAUGAUCUUUGUGGCACUUGGGAAUGUUAGGGAGGAAAACACAUCUACUUUGCUUUGGGCACUGAAACACUGUCGGAGGAAGAACUUGUGCAUUCUUCAUGUUCACCAGCCAGCUCAAGAGAUCCGUGUCUUGGGUGCAAAAGUUAGAGUAGGGGAACUAGAUGAGCAUCAAGUCAGGGCACACAGAGAAGCGGAAAAGAAAGAAAUGGAUGCUGUUCUAAAUGAUUACCUUGACAUUUGUCUCUAUGCUGGGGUACGUGCGGAGACAGUAAACGUUGAAAUGGAAAAUAUUGAAAGAGGGAUUGUAAAGCUCAUUGCUCACCAUGGGAUUAUAAAACUAGUCAUGGGUGCAGCAUCAGACAAGCAUUAUUCAAAGAGAAUGGAAAAGCUUCAGUCCAAGAAAGCAAUCUUUGUCCGCGAUAACGCCCCAAUUUCCUGCCAUAUAUGGUUUGUUUGCAAGGGGCGUCUUAUUGUCACAAGGGAAGGUGUUUCAGAGAAUUCUGCCAUACAGGCUCGAUCAUCCCUGGAUACACAUCUUUCUAAAUCAUUCAGCCAUGGUGGUGGGAGGCCUAGAAGUCCUGUUCGAAACCCAUUCCCAGGAGCUAUAUCUUCCAAAAGUGACAUUACUACUACUGAAGGAAUCAAACCAUCUUCCCAGGCAUCAAAAGUUAUUGCAAAAUCACAGCGCAGCCAAAGUGUAAGACUUACUAAUCCAUUUCAGGACCUAAUCGAACGAGCUUUAUCUUGGAAACGUGAAACUCUAAGAGAAAGGGAAAAGCCACCACCACCACCACCACCAUCAUCAUCAUCAUCAUCAUCAUCAUCUUUUUCUUCUUCUUCUUCUCCAAGAGGAAGGGCUGCCGGAAUAUUACAAACUCUGAGACGUUCUCAGAGUUCAGACUGUUUAUCACCACUUUCAAUUGACAGUUCAGGGGGAAUUUUAAGGGAUGAGACGAAUGAUGACGAGACUGUGGCAUCUUCACGUUGUGAAUCUAUCGAUGAGAUGGAGCUUUUACUGGAAAAAGAAUCAGAAAGCUUUAACGAGAAACAACUUGAGAGUCGAAGGCAGGAACUCGAAAAAUUGAAGAUCCAGCGGGACCAAGUCAUUGAAGAACUCCGGAUUGCCAAAGACCAGAAGGUAAAGCUGGAGAGCCAAAUUGCUGAUUCAGAUCGAAAGGUGACAGAGUUGGUUGAGAUGAAGGUCUUGUCAGCUGCUCAACAGUUGGUCGAUAUCCAAAAAGAAGUUGAUGAAUUGCGGCUAAGGAAAAUAAGAGAGGAAGAGUUUUCCCCUAGGUUCUUCUCGGUAUUCUCUACCUUAGAUAUUGAGUCAGCCACUGGGAGCUUCAGCCCAUCAAUGAAGAUUGGAGAAGGGACGUUUGGGAAUGUCUACAAAGGACUCCUUCGUAAAACCCGUGUGGCUAUAAAGAGGUUUCACUUUCAUAGUUUGGAAGGGCAAAACAGCUCAGAUUUCCAGCGCGAGGUGGAUGUAUUGAGCAAGGUAAGGCAUCCAAACCUUGUGACUCUCAUUGGAGCCUGCCCUGAAGCCUCUUCACUUAUCUUUGAAUACCUCCCUAAUGGUAGCCUUGAGGACCGACUCACCUGUAAGGAUGGCACUCCCCCUCUUUCAUGGAAAACUCGAAUUCGUAUAGCCCAGGAGAUCUGCUCAGCCCUCAUCUUCCUUCACUCCAAUAAACCUGACGCCAUAGUUCACGGAGAUCUCAAACCAUCCAACAUCCUUCUGGAUGUAAAUUUUGUAAGCAAACUUGGUGAUUUUGGUAUUGCUAGCUUUAUCUCUCGUGACGAUGACUCAAACUACACAACCACAAUUUGCUGCAUAGCUCACCCAAAGGGAACAUUUGCCUAUAUAGACCCCGAGUUCUUAACAACUGGAGAGCUAACACCAAAGGCGGAUGUGUAUUCAUUUGGAGUUGUCGUUUUACAGCUUUUGACUGGGAGACCAGCCUUGUGGUUAGCAAAGAAAGUGCAAUUAGCAAUGGCUGAGGGAACUCUGAAAGCCAUGUUAGAUGCAUCGGCAGGUGAUUGGCCUUUGGUUCAGGCAGAGCAGCUGGCUCAAAUGGCAUUGAGGUGCUGUGAGAUAAACAGGAAGAAUCGGCCAAACCUUGAGUUAGAGGUGUGGAAGCUGCUAAGCUUAUUAGAGAUUCAAAUUUAACAUUGGAAAUGGUGUUGUAUAUUGCUGAGGUGACUCCCUCAAUGUGUGUAGAUCAUUUUUAUCAAGGAGUAUUGAAUUCUCCCAUUCUGAGUAACUCAAUAUUCCAAUUUCUCUCCUUUGGAAAGUCUAUAUUGCAUGUAUUAUUCUUGGAAAGUUUAUAUUGCA